AUGACUAAGAGGGGAGCCUAAAAUGUCGUCUAGUGGCACCAUAAGUAACUAUUAUGUCGAUUCUCUCAUAGGCCAUGAAAGCGAAGAAGUUUAUGGGAGUAGAUUCGUCCAGGGAGGUCACAGUGCGACCUCCAGGCCAUCAGGUGUUGCAGAGAGUUCAGAUUUUUCCUCUUGUAGCUUUGCACCAAAAUCCACCGUGUUUUCCACCUCCUGGUCCACUGUUCACCAUCAGCCGUCUGCGGCAAUGACCGGGAUCUACCACCCCUACAUGCACCAGCCCCACUUAGGGGCAGCCGACGCUGGCCGCUACGUGCGCUCCUGGAUCGAGCCCUUCCCGGGCUUCCCGGGCGGCGGCGGCGGCGGCGGCGGCGGCAGCGGAGGCAGCGGAGGCAGCAGCAGCAGCGGCUCCGCGUCCAGCUCCGGCUCCUCCAACGGGCGCCACUACGGGAUAAAGCCGGAGACGGGAGCAGCCGCCUCCUCGUCUUCCUCCUCCUCUUCCUCCUCCUCCAAAAGGACUGAGUGCUCCUCGUCUCGGGAGUCCCAGGGGAUCGGUGUGCCCGAGUACACGUGCAGCUCCUUCCUCCAGGAGUCCCGGGAGAAAGCGCCUGCCGGCAGCUCCAAGGACCCCGCCGCCUGCAGCCACAACCCCAGCCCGAGCAGCGAUCUGAAAGAGGAGAAGCAGCAGCAACUUGACCCAAAUAACCCUGCAGCAAACUGGAUCCACGCUCGUUCAACGAGGAAAAAGCGUUGUCCCUACACAAAGUAUCAAACUCUGGAACUGGAAAAGGAAUUUCUGUUUAACAUGUACCUCACCCGAGACCGCCGUUACGAAGUAGCUAGGAUUUUAAACCUCACAGAGAGACAGAAGUGAAACGUGGUCUGUGUCAGGUAUUUCGGGAAAUUUUGUCUUGCUUGACAACGUGUUUUUCAGAGUCUCUUGAUACUCCCCUUCUCCUUCCCAGACCAUUUAGCUGACAAUAUUGUGAGUGCACGUUAGCUUUGGGAACUCUAUCUGAUGUUAAAUGUUCGACAUGUUUCUUAAAAGUGAUGUAGACUAGAUAGUUAUUUUGCCAAAAUGAAGGUAAGGAAAUUAAUUAUAAUUACGGUAAUUAAAAAAAAAUACAUAUUAAAUUGCAGUCGCUUAAAUCAAUGGGGGUUGCUGUGCUGUCCACGACCUACUAAGAGGAAAUCUUUCCCCAAACUUCUGCUUUCUAGGUCUGAAUCCUUCGCAAUAGAUGCCACAGAGAGGCCACGAGCUGCUUCCCCCCCCUUUAGUGCACUGUUAGGAGGUUGUCUCAUCCUUGGAGCCGCUCGCCAUAGGCCUAACGCCUCCCGGUGCCCCGGCUCGCUGCCGUCCCUGCCCCCGGUGACUGUUG